AUGAACAAUGAAUUUAUCGACGUCUGGAGUCGGGCAUGGGAGUAUUACAACACGCGUCUCAGCAGCAAAGAACGCAAUCGGAUAAGACAUAUUACUUCGCAAGAAGAUCUCCUACUCCAUUACCAUGCGCUGACUGUCAAGUAUUCUGGGACGAAAACUGCAAAAAGCUUGAAAAAGACGCAAACGUUCGUGGCACAACUCAGAGCCUUUUCAACUGUCGUAAACACGACCGUCCAGGCGAAGCCUGACAUUGCUGGCAUUGUGUGGGGUCCACUAGCCCUGAUACUCGAGCUACAGUAUUUGAAAGAAUUUGGUCCCCGAGACCUGUCGGCAAGGCUUCAGCACGCAUUGAUAUGCUACUACGCGGAGCUCAUUGCCCAGUACCAGGAUGCAAUCGAGUUCCUUAGAGCCCAUCCAAUAAAAAACUUUCUCUUUGUGAAUCGUCGUGUGACACGUUUUAGUAUCCAAGCGUCGAAGCGCCUUGUCGCUCUUCAGGAGAAGACAGCCUGGGUUGAAGCGGAAGUAGACUGGGCGAAAUUCAAGGUGCAACAGGAACAGCACAACAACAUCAUCAAGCUAUUAUCCGCAAACGCAUUCACCGCCAUGACUGAUCAGCUCCCGUAUAAAGAACUUCCCUAUGGGCGCAAUCUCCGCUUCCACUUCCGUGCAGAAUUGAUGGCCCGAAUGAAAAGCUGCCUUAUGCCUGGAACAGAAGUCUCGAGACUGCUGGCAGUCUCUUUAUACGGAUUAGGAGGCGUUGGCAAGACCCAACUAGCACUAGAAUUCGCAUAUGGGCAUGCCGACGAUUACGAUGCUAUUUUUUGGAUCCGAGGCGAAACAGAAGAGAAGCUUAGAGAGUCGUUCCUUACUCACGCUCGUUUAUUACAGCUUGGGCCGCCAACAGGUUCUCGGCAGGACGCAGCGCUGAUUAGAACUUUUACUAAGUGGCUCAUGACUGCCACCAUAGGUUCGGCCAAUCGACGGGUCAAGUGGCUCAUGGUCUUCGACAACGUCGAAGGUGAGCAUGCUAUCGAUCAGACUUGGCCUGUGGGAGCUCAUGGAUCAAUCAUUCUCACCACUCGGAACCGUGAAGUGGCGGCAGCAUAUGGCCAUGAAUGCCUCGAAGUUCCACUCUUUACCCCCAAAGAGAGUUUGAGUUUUAUGCUUGACAUCAAUCCUUAUGUAAACGCUACUAAAGAAGAGGUUGGCGCCGCUCAAUCCAUUUCAGAUCGUCUCGGCAACAUGCCAUUGGUGCUGAAUUCCAUUGGCUCAUAUAUCAGAAUGGCGAACCUGUCUUACACCAGCUUCUUACAACACUAUACCGAUUUUGACACAAAUUUACUCUUCCAGCCUGGGAACCCAGAUCGCUUUUAUGAAAUCUCCAUUCAUCGCACAUGGACAAUGGCUCUGCGAUGCAUUUCCCCGGCUCCAUGUUGCCAAACGGUCGAUACAGCCGCGUCUACACUAAUACGCAUCUCACUUUUGACAAGGAGCCCAGAGGGCAACAGAUUCGGUUGCCAUAGGAUUGUAAGAGAAGCAGUUUUAAAGUCGAUUGCGUCUGAAGAUCUUGCUUAUCUGUUCGAUUGGGCGGUCUUUGCCCUGAAUGCGUGCUUUCCAAAAGGAUUAGGCGGCUCGCCCCUCCUCAAAGAAUGGGACGACUGCGCGCUGCUUCACCCUCAUCUUUCCGCGCUGAUGAAAAUAUAUGGACGCUUUCGAAACAUUUUACGACCACCAAUUAUGCUGUGUGAGGUGAUUCGCCGCUGCGCAUGGUAUUUAUCUGAGCGAGGCAAUUUUGGAACAGCCACUGAGAUGGUAAAAGAAGCAUGUUCAAUCCUGCAGGUUGCAAUAGAGGAGAAAAAUCACCCUGGCUAUUUCCCUCAGUAUAUGCGUCGGUUGACGGCUGAUAUGUACAACACGUUUGGAACUAUUGAAUACGAACUCAAUCUUCCGGAUCAUGGCCGGCAGUGGUUUGAGAAGGCAGACAAUCAUCGUGUUGCAUUAAUUGAGGAUGGGACACUAGAGUCUUACGACGUCGAGGUGAUGGCCAUUGUUGAUGGCAACAUUGCCCUUACGCACCUGGCUUGUGGUGUAGCAGAGCCGAGCAUUUACGCCUUCAAGUUACUCCUGGAUACAUUCCAAAACAAAAGCUCGCGGGGAGACUGGGCGGCGAACUUAUCCAUUGCGUAUCGUGCCAAAGGCCUACUGGAGGAUGCCCUGUUCUGGUGUCGUCAAGCCCGUGACUGGACACUAGAAGCAUAUGGUACUGACAGUUUGAGCAUGGCCAUCGUUCAAUUUAAUACAGGCAACACGCUCCUUGCUAUGAAGCAAGACGCUGCAUUUUCUGCUUUUGAAGAUUGCCUGAGGAUACGGCAAUUGAAGUCGCCGACCCACUCAUAUACAGCCUUUGUCUGCCAUAAACUUGGUUCUCUUUUGCGCUCUCGAGCAGAUCUUACUCAGGCCGCGUAA